GUGGCUGCGGCAACGAUAACGGUAACGACAUCACAAGUGAUACGUUACUACAGUUAGUUGCAAACUAAUAUGUUCGUGUGAAAUUAAAAAAAUAUAAAAAAGUGAAAAAAAAAAACAAAUAAUAUAAUAAUAAAAAUAGGUGAAAAAGUGUUCCUUGCUGAGUCCUAGGUCCUGCCACAAUAAUGUCGCCACAUAAUACUUACUGUGAUACAAAACUGCCAAUCGAAUUGGAUUGCAGCGCAAAUUCAACACCAAAUGUGGAAAGCGUCGAAAAUGCACCAAGUGCGCCGAAUACCAAAGGAAGCGCUGUGCCAGGUGCUUCGCAGGACACACAAGCUCUGCAGCAUGAUUACGACACUGUGCUCGACUUGAUAGGAUUUGGCUGCGCGCAAUGGGUGGUGCUGAUCACCAGCGGCUUGCUCUUGAUGACGGUCAUCAACGAGACAAUGGGCAUGAGCAUCAUAACGAUCGCUUCACAGUGUGAUUUUGCCUCAACAUCGGUGGAUAAGGCCAUUAUGAGCGCCGCUUCAUUUGCGGGAAUAGGGCUGUUUUCAUACAUUUGGGGCUACCUAAGUGACACCAUAGGACGUCGGCGUGUAUUGGUCUAUGCAACUUUCGGCAGUUGUCUGUUCUCGGUUAUAUCUAUGUUCAUGCCCAAUUUUUGGCUUUAUGUAUUCAUGCGCUUCAUGGUUGGCAGUUGUGUUGCCGGUCCUUCCUCCACGACAUAUGCUUUCUUGGGUGAAUUUCAUGCGCGACGUCACUGUGCGUUAAUAAUGAAUUAUGCCAGUUUAUUUGUGGGCGUUGGGAUGACAUAUGUGCCGGCAAUCGGUUGGCUGGUGCUGUCUAUGGAUUGGUCAGUUCAGCUGAGCGAUAACUUUGCGUUUCGUCCAUGGCGUCUUCUGAUGCUCUUCAAUCUGUUGCCGGGCCUUAUAGCUGGCUUCAUACUAUUAGUGCUACCAGAGAGUCCGAAGCUACUUUUAUCUGUGCAUAAAGACGAAGAAGCCUUAGCCGCAGUAAACUGGAUUUGUAAACGCAAUACUGGGAAAGAUUUGGAGCAGUUUGGGGUUAAGAAGAUAAAGGCCGAAAACACGAUGGCAGAUAAGGGGCACAUUACGAGCAAGUCGUGCUUUGAGACAGUGAAGCACAUCUGGCAGGAGACACGCCCAUUACUACAACGCCCAUACGUUCUAAAUUUCUUGGUGUGCUGUGUAAUUAUGUGCGGUCUAUUUAUCAGCUCUAACGGGAUGGGUUUGUGGUUUACGGAAAUUCAAAAUAGAGUUAGCAUGAGUACGUCUGAGAAUCAAGUAACAAUUUGCAAUAUUAUUGCUGACACAUUUCAAGAUAAAGUAGAUCUUACAAAUUCUACGAAGACUUGCGUCGAUGAAAUCAGCACAAGAAGCUACAUUGACUCAAUUUCCUUGGGUUUGUGCUUUGUGGUGGGCUAUCUUCUGAUCGGCGGUGUCAUAAAAUUAUUCGGACGCAAAGCAACAAUCAUCGGUUCGAUGUUCCUCAGUACGGUCUGCUGUGUCGCAUUGUUUUGGCUACUCGAUCCGAUUGCGAUCGUCGUAUGCCUUAUUGUAUUCCUGACAAUGCCCGGCCUCUGUGUCUCCAUGCUGGGCAGUGCUGUGGUAGAUUUAGUGCCGACCCAUUUACGCGGCAAAGCGGUUUGCAUUUGUUUAUUACUCGGUCGCACAAGCAGCAUUUUUGGUAGCAACUUGAUCGGCGUGUUGCUGGAGUCCUCUUGCGAAUUGACCUUUGGCCUUUUCACUGCGUGUGUAUUGAUUUGCAUGCUGCUCACAGUGACCCUGCCCAUUUGAGCGCACUAAACGGGCUAAACGAUUACCAAUUAAACCGCGUGAUGUGGGCGUAGCGGAACACACGGCACCGCUAAUGCAAUCUGAAUUUCUACUCUAAUAGAAUAUUUUGAUCUAAUAGUGAAAUGCUUUAGGAAUAUUGUUAGCUAGUCGCUCUGUAAUUUAAUGUCACCUUGUUAUAUGCAUUGCUUAAUUGUAAGUUGUUUUAAAAACAUUUAAUCGAUAAGUUGUUGAAUUUAUUUUGCACAGCUGCCCUUAUGUAAAUAUUUUCUACUCAAUAUUUGAAGCUGUUUUUGCAGUUUUUUAAGAUAAGGAUAUUUACGGGUGUAUGUAUAUGACUAUAUGUGUGUGUUAUAGUAGUUGAAUGAGUAAGUGUUUGAUACUAAAAU